AUGCGCAUUAUCGUUCAGAUUUUCCACACGGUUUGGCGUACUAACCGGUUCAGUUCUGAGUCUGUGGGUGAGGGUCACCCUGAUAAAAUUUGUGACCAAGUUUCUGAUGCUAUUUUGGAUGCUUGUUUAGCUGCAGACCCUCUUUCUAAGGUGGCCUGUGAAACCGCUGCCAAGACUGGUAUGAUUAUGGUCUUUGGUGAAAUCACCACCAAGGCCACUCUGGACUACCAAAAGAUCAUCAGAGACACUAUCAAGCACAUUGGAUACGACGACUCUAGCAAGGGUUUCGACUACAAAACAUGUAAUGUUCUUGUUGCUAUCGAGCAACAGUCUCCAGACAUUGCCCAAGGUUUGCAUUACGAGAAGGCAUUGGAGGAGUUGGGUGCCGGUGACCAAGGUAUCAUGUUCGGUUACGCCACCGACGAGACCGAUGAGAAGUUGCCAUUGACCAUCUUGUUGGCCCACAAAUUGAACGCCGCUCUUGCUGAUGCCAGAAGAUCCGGUGCUCUUCCAUGGCUCAGACCGGACACUAAGACCCAGGUCACCAUCGAGUACAAGCACGAUGGCGGUGCUGUUGUGCCUUUGAGAGUCGACACUAUUGUCAUUUCUGCCCAGCAUGCUGACGAGAUCUCUACUGCUGACCUUAGAUCCGAAAUCAAGAAACACAUUGUGCAAAAGGUGAUUCCAUCCCACCUGUUGGACGAUAAGACCAUCUACCACAUCCAGCCAUCUGGUAGAUUCGUCAUCGGUGGUCCUCACGGAGACGCUGGUUUGACCGGAAGAAAGAUCAUUGUCGACACCUAUGGUGGAUGGGGAGCUCACGGUGGUGGUGCUUUCUCUGGUAAGGAUUUCUCCAAGGUCGACAGAUCCGCCGCAUACGCUGCUAGAUGGGUUGCCAAGUCUUUGGUGACCGCUGGUCUUGCUAAGAGAUGUUUGGUGCAGUUCUCGUACGCCAUUGGUGUUGCCGAGCCACUGUCCAUCUACAUCGACUCCUACGGAACUUCCAAGUUCUCUUCCGAUGAGCUUGUGGCCAUUGUCAACAAAAACUUCGAUCUUAGACCAGGUGUCUUGGUCAGAGAAUUGGACUUGGCUAGACCUAUUUACUUCAAGACUGCUUCUUACGGACACUUCACCGACCAGUCCAACCCAUGGGAACAACCAAAGAAGUUGUCUUACUAG